AUGGUGCUGCUGGAGAGCAAGCAGUUCCUGACAGAGCUGACCAGGCUUUUCCAGAAGAGCUGGUUGCCAGGGAGCAUGUUCAUCACCCUGAAGAAAUAUGAUGGUUGGACUAAACCCAUUCCACAGAAGGGGUUUGUGCUAGGCUUUGAGCCUUUAGACAAUAAAUGUUUGUUAAGAGCUACUGAUGGGAAAAAGAAGAUCAGCACUAUGGUGAGCUCUAAAGAAGUGAAUAAAUUCCAGACGGCCUAUUCUAACUUGCUGAGAGCCAAUAUGGACGGGCUAAAGAAGAGAGACAAGAAGAGCAAAAACAAGUAAAGCAAAGCAACA